AUGUGCAUCCUCUCCAUCUCCACCAUCAACGUGGAGCGUUACUACUACGUGGUGCACCCCAUGCGCUACGAGGUGAGGAUGACGGUGGGCUUGGUGGCCUGCGUCCUCGUCGGCGUCUGGCUCAAAGCCGUGGCCACCUCCCUCGUCCCCGUGCUGGGCUGGUUGUCCCCCGACCGCCCGCCGGUGCCCGCCGGCCGCGGCUGCUCCCUGAGGACGUUCGGAGGGGGCAAAGCGGCCGCGAUCUUGCUGGCCGUGGGGGGCCAGUUCCUCUUCUGCUGGCUGCCCUAUUUCUCCUUCCACCUCUACACCGCCCUCAGCACCCAGCCCUUGGUGGGGCCGGCGGCCGAGACCGUGGUCACUUGGCUCGGGUACUUCUGCUUUACCUCCAACCCUUUCUUCUACGGGUGCCUCAACCGGCAGCUCCGGGGCGGGUACGGCCGCCGCCUCCCCAGCCGGGAGGGCUCCAUCGAGGAGAACUUCCUCCAGUUCCUCCAGGGCACUGGUUGUCCCAUCGAGCCCCGACCUCGCACCCCCAGCCCCAAACGGGAUCAACCCCCCGUUGAUUUUCGCAUCCCGGGGCAGAUCGAUGAGGACGUGGCGGAGGGGCCGGAGCGACGCG